GUCUGUGGGACAGAGGGGGUGCGGGUGUCGAGGCCGGUCUUCUGCGGCGUCGGGCGAUUGGAGCCUCCGGCGGUCCUUAGGGAGGGUGAGGCAACACGGCGGUCGCACCCUCACUCGGAACGCCCUCGGUGGACCCCCGAGUCUUCCAGUCUACAGGCCGUGCGGGCCUCGCGCUCUCCCGGCCUUUAGGCUAGGAAGCUCGAGAGAAGCGGUCGGCUUGGAGGGGCCGUGAGGGUGGUGGAGCCGCGGCCGCCUUGCCCGCGGAGGCGGGAGGCGUUUCGACGAGUCCCGCAGCCUCUAGCGCAGCCUUCCCACCAGCUGGCUCCAGGGGGAUCUUGGGUCUUCUUCCUGAAUAACCAUCCUCGUCGAGGGUCCUCUUUCCCUCCAUUUACGGCCCUGGAAGAUCUAGACUUAGUGACAGUGGCUGAAAGGGCUGUGCCUUGCGUGGGUAAGACUUCUCAGAAUUCUGGCUGCUGCUUAGGGCCUACCCCUCUUGUGGCGGGGACCAGGAUCCAGCGCUGGCAGCUGCCUUCUUCCGACUGCUUCAUGAAGGCGGAGUCCUUGUGCAUUAUUCACGCCACAUCCCGUUGCUUUGCUCAAGCCCGUAUAGCAACCAUCCUUUAAGUGUUCCUGGGGUAACUCACAGCCACCACACACACUGAGAAAUGACCAAAGCCUUGAGGGCAGAUGCUCAAGUGCUGUGGCAGCUUUGAUUCCGCCCAGUAUUCCUGCUGGAGACUAUUUGGAGGCAGAGGUCUCCCGGCCAGGACCCAUGGAUACUCACCCACGGAGCCUCAUGGGCUCCCUGAGGUGCUGGUGUGUGUUCUUUCAGGAGGCUGUGACGUUUGGUGAUGUGGCUGUGCACUUCUCAAGGGAGGAGUGGCAGUGUCUGGAUCCUAGCCAGAGGGCCCUCUACAAGGAAGUGAUGCUGGAGAACCACAGCAGUGUGGCUGGACUAGCAGGAUUUCUGCUCUUCAAGCCUGAGCUGAUCUCCCGGCUGGAGCAGGGGGAGGAGCCAUGGGUCCUUGACCUGCAGGGAACUGAGGGGAGAGAGCUGCUAAGGACGCCCCAGACAGAUUCUGCAAUUAGCACUGUUGGUGGGCAGGCCCAUGAGGAUGUAUACAUACUGAAAUCAGAGUCCCUGGCAGCAGUGGUCAAAACCCCACCACAUGAUUCUCCUCCGAGUCCCUGCUUUGGAGAUACUUCUGUUUCUGAGGUCUGGCCGGAGAGUAAACCAAGCUCUCUCUUCCAGAAACACCACUUGCACACAGAGACUGUGGCUGCUAGGAGGAUCUCUACCCAGGAGGAUGUGCAGGGUUGUGGUGGCAUGGGUUUUCAGCCUGAUAAAAGUCAGGGGGUUGCUACAGAUGGGAUAUCCCGAAGAUGUGAUAUGUGUGGCAGGGGUUUCAUAUUCACGACUCUGCUUCACGAAGUUAAUACACAGAAGAAACUGAACAGAUGUCAGGAAUGCCAAGAAACGUUAUCUGGUUGUCCACAGGGGAAACAUCAAAGUAACUGCUGUGGAGAGAAGCCAUAUGAGUGUGAGGAAUGUGGGAAAGUCUUCAGGUUGUGUUCACAGCUUAAUCAGCAUCAGAGAAUCCACACGGGAGAGAAACCAUUCAAAUGCAUCGAGUGUGGAAAGGCCUUUCGCCUGAGCUCAAAACUUAUUCAGCAUCAAAGAAUUCAUACUGGAGAGAAGCCCUACAGGUGUGAGGAGUGUGGGAAAGCCUUUGGUCAGAGCUCCAGCCUCAUCCACCAUCAGAGGGUACACACGGGAGAGAGGCCCUAUGGCUGUCGUGAGUGUGGGAAGGCCUUCAGCCAGCAGUCUCAGCUGGUCAGACACCAGCGGACUCACACUGGAGAGAGGCCCUACCUGUGCCAGGAGUGUGGGAAGGCCUUCAGCCAGAGCUCAACCCUGGCCCAGCACCAGCGGAUGCAUGCUGGGGCAAAGCCUUCAGUUCCAAGAACACUGGAUGGUGCCAGCCUUGUUACUCACCAGAGAACCCAUGCUGCAGAAAAACCGUUUAAGUGUGAUGAGUGUGGGAAGGCUUUCAGGUGGGUCUCUCGCCUUAGUCAGCAUCAGCUAACUCACACUGGAGAGAAACCAUAUAAAUGCAACAAGUGUGCAAAAGCCUUUGGUUGUAGCUCACGGCUUAUUCGCCACCAAAGAACUCACACUGGAGAAAAACCAUUCAAAUGUGAUGAGUGUGGUAAGGGUUUUGUUCAGGGCUCACACCUAAUUCAGCACCAAAGAAUACACACAGGAGAGAAGCCCUAUGAGUGUAGUGACUGUGGAAAAGCCUUCAGCCAGAGCUCAAGCCUAAUUUACCAUCAGAGGAUUCACAAAGGGGAAAAGCCCUAUGAGUGCCUGGAGUGUGGAAAAGCCUUCAGUAUGAGCACACAGCUCACAAUCCAUCAGAGGGUUCACACUGGGGAGAGGCCCUAUAAAUGUGGUGAGUGCGGGAAAGCCUUCAGUCAGAACUCAACCCUUUUCCAACACCAGAUAAUUCAUGCUGGAGUGAAGCCCUAUGGAUGCAGUGAGUGUGGGAAAGCCUUCAGUCGGAGUUCAUACCUCAUUGAGCACCAGAGGAUUCACACACGAGCCCAGUGGUACCAUGAAUAUGGGGGCACCCCGGAGGGUCCUACCCAUGUGAGCCGUAAAAAAGUUAACACUGUAAAGAAACUACACAAAUGUAAUGAAUGUGAGAAAAUAUUCAGAUGGCGCUCACAUCUAAUUAUACAUCAGAGGAUUCACACCGGAGAGAAGCCUUAUAAAUGCAACAAAUGUGGCAAAGCCUUUAAUCGGAGCUCCAGGCUCACUCAGCAUCAGAAGACUCACAUAGAGUAGACCACACACCUCUGUAAAUGCACUUGUAUGUAAGAGAAUAAACCCGUAGCCUUAACAUACUUGUUUUAUAUGGGAUCAUUGAUAUUGACAAGUUGGAAUGUUGGUAAAGAUUUAAAAUUGUUCUUUUAAAAAAAGGACAUCCAAGUUCAUACAAAGUAUGUGUUUUAUUUGCUAGAGUAUUUGACCUUAUCCCACUCAGUAAAGCCUAUGCCCCUCAAAACAGGGUGCCCACAUGUAGAGUUUGAGUACACAGAGGGAAGACCAGGUUCUGUGGCCAAGGCCUAAGAGCCCUGUGAGCUCUGCCAUGCGGGAUGCUCAGUGUCUUCAGCACCAGUUACUCAGACUGGCUUCAGCAGCAAGGAUGUGUGAGCUCGUGUGCACAGAAGUCCAGAAGAGGCGUUACUGCAAUUUCCUUCUGCCUUCACCUAAGUCCUUUUCUUCUCGCAUCAGCAGCCCCGGCAGGAAGCCACCCAGCAUCCAGCUGAGUUUCUAGAUGGGUCAGCCACUCUGGUGAAUUGGAACAACAGGCUGUGACCAUGUCCAUUCACUUUGUCUCACAGUAUCUAAUGAAGGCCCAGGAGCCGUAGGAUGAUGCAGACCUGCAUCAUUGACUCCAGCCCUGCCCAGGGUCCUGGACUCACCAGCCGUGAAUGAGUCUGGGGCUAGGAGUACCAUUCAGAGAGGCUGCUGCCCAGGGCCACCCACUUCAGAUUUGCUGACCUUUGGAGUUACUGCUGUAGUCAUGGGCGUAAUAUUUGAGAGACCCCCAUCCCAGUGGAGAGGCUCAGUUAUCCUACAUUUGGACAGGUAGACCAGAGAGCACAGGUCACCUGAGGAUCUCUUGUAACACUUGAUUUGGGUCACUAUCACAUUGGUUUGGUUAAGCCCAUGGGCAGGGCCCCAGGACUUUGCUGCUUCAAUCACUGUACAUGGCAGAGACUGUAGCAGGCUAUAGAUUGUGUGAAGUGAAGGAAAUGUUUGCUGAUUCCUGUUUGUACCAGAGGGUUCCAGUGCUUUCUUGUAAAGUUGGAAGCAGCAGUUUCAGAUGGUUGAAUCCAUGCGAGUUUGUUUCUCCAAUGCGUAGGUGGGGGGUCUUGACCCUGCAACGUUCGUCAGCAUGAUUGUCAGCUGAUGCUGUCUCUCACCUGGUGCCAGGAUGGCAUGAAGUCAGUGUGCUUACUUCUCUAGUCACUCCUGUUCCACCCAGGACUUAUACUUGGAAGGGUCAGCGCCAGAGGACCUGGCACUUCUGUAUAUUUUUCAGAGGUUAUGCUCAUUGUCUCCCUGCUUCAGCUGCCGUAUUCAACCAGGUGGUCACUGCUGGCACAUCUGGACAGGUGGGCCUAGUCCGAAAGGGCCUUAAAUAUUUUAUGACAGCCAACAAGAGCUAAGGUCCUCAGUGGACAGGCCACACUCCUGCCAUCUGCUGGCACUUAGCACUGUCACACGCUGGAGGGGCUCUCCAUCAGACCCCACUUUCCUUGUUUCCUCCUGAGUAAUGAGGGACAAAGGGGUGAAGGGUUUUAUGGACUCUUCCAGACUCCACCCUGGGCACAAUAAUACUCUUUCUUUCCCUGAACGGUAACAAUAGGCCAGGCAAGAAGGCAGAGCCUUCCACCUUAAAUCUGCUUCAGCACCUGAGUCUCUGGAUAGUGUGAUCCUGGAUCCAGUGCGGUGAACUAUAUGGCCUGUGGGCCAAACCCAGUCCAUGUUCUGCUUUUGUGUGGUGUGUUAACCAGAGAAUGAGGACAUUAAGAAUGGGUGGCUUGAAUGCUUCCAGUUUCUGCCAAGCAGACCAGAAGUUCAACCAGUCAUCCCUGCAAAUGCACCUGUCACAGCCAACUAGACUGCCCAAGUAAGCCAACUGCUUGAGCUGUAGUCAACCAAUUUCCAUGUUUGCUUCUGUAUCUUCAUGAAAACCUCUCCCCAGCCCUCCGCAGAGAGCUUGGUUUGGCACUGGUGGAUUCCAACCCAUGUUUCCUCAAGUAAAGUCUUCAAAAUUGUGAUGUACCUCAGUUUACCUUUUAGCAGCACUGAGUGGUUUUUACAUUUUUAAAUGAUGGGAACAAAAGACUAUUUUGUGACAUUUGAAAAUUCUAUUGAAGUUAAAUUUGUGUGUGGUUUGUUUACUUAAAUGUUGCAAUACAACUGAGAAUUCAAUAGCAUUAACCCCAAGUCCUGCACUUCAGUGGGGAAUACCAGCUGCAGUACAGGAAGAGGAGCAUCUUAGCUGUGUCCACAUGAAAAAGGUGUGCAUCACCACUGGGUCACUGGGCAGGACAAAAAGGUUGUGGGCUGCCGUGAGGCCAUGUAUGUUCAGUAAACUCAUUUUCAAGAUUUCCAGAACUGUUUCGGAGUAGGUUUUAAAAUACUUUUAACUCUUUUGGAGUCAAUAAAUUAAACCCACAAUUUUGACCUGAAAUUGCUUCCAUUCAUGUUUAUUAAACUUUGACUUAUGACAUUGGAUGGUAACUGUUUUGAGGUUUCUUGAAGCUUCCUCAAGUGUUGGGAGGGGAAGCAGAGCCCCGGUGGGUUGAUACACCGGUGUCCCUGACAGCUCAGGAAAUGUUUGUUGAAUGAAGGAAUGAUGCACUGGGGAGUAUCCAGGCUUUGAGAUCGAGUCAGAGAUCCACGGAAGAGGACUAACCACCAAGAGCUUUCACAGAGACCUAAGAAAGUCAACACAACUGUAAGGCAGUUUUCCUGAGAGGUAAUUGCAUCACUCUUUGUGCAAGGCCCAUGUACAAAGGUGGACAAGGCCAGCACCUGCCCCCAACUCUUGGUUCACGGUGACCUACCUACCUACAAGAGGGUAGACAGUUCCUCCACAGCCUGGGGGUCAUGUGGGUACACAGGGUGUGCUCACCCCAGCAUGGCAAGAACUGGGCCCAGGAAGGUGUUCCCAUUAAGAGCUGCCACCCGCCUGCCACCUGGUUUUGUAUGGUUCUGGAGCUAAAAGAAUGGCUUUUCCCCCCUGGCCAGGUGGUUCAGUUGGUUUGAACAUUGUUCCAUAUACCAAACGUUGGUGGAUCUGAUACCUGGUCAGGGUACAUAAUCUAAGUUACAGGUCCCAUCCUGGUUGGGGCACAUACUGGAGGCAACCAAUCAAUGUAUCUUGCACAUAGAUGUUUCUUCCUUCCUCUAAAAGCAAUAAAUGUGUCUUUGGACCCG